AUGGGCAGGAGAUCCAGGUGGGGUAUCCAUCAUCAAGCCCCAUCAGCCGACCCGUACAUGCAAGCAGCCAUGUACGGAUAUGGAAUGCCAUACCCCGACCCGCUCGCCAUGCAGCAACAGAGCGCGGCCAAGUUCGAGCCAUCAAAGUCGUUACGAACGCUUAUCACGGACCGCAUGGACGAGCAGCAGCAGUGCCUGACCAUCCGGCAGGACCAAGUGAGCCACUUUCUGCAGCUCAGCUUCACCGCCGAUGCGAAUCCAAACCGCAAGAAAGGUCCCGGUGAUGAACAAAUCUCUGCUGAGACUUCGCAGACUAUUACUGGGUAUGGGUACAGUGUUAUUGGCAUGUUGCAGUAUACACCCGCCUGGCCGAAUUACGAUCCGUACGGCCUGGGUCUUGCCGCUGACGGGAGAUCAGGGCCGCCGCCAAAGAAGAAGAUCUCCAAGCAGAAGGAUCCAAUGGGUCGAUAUGCGCAGCUGGAGGGGGAGAUCCAGGCACUCAUGACUCUCAGCCCGGCUCUGAUGGAUCCACUGCCGAACUCGAUGAAGACACCACAAGCUCUGUCGGCGACUCUGCAUAAGAAUGUCCUGACUAGGAUUCUGGGGACAGGUAAUCUUGAAGAAGACGAUGAUGAUAGUGAUGAUGAUGGCGGCCAGGCAGCUGCUCCGGCAGUGCAGCAUAUGAUCGGUGGUCCAGCUCAGGCGUUGUCGCCCAUGCCUCAGACGCCACAGGGCUUACCGGCGAUGCCGAUGAAUAUGCCGAUGCCAAUGGGUCCGCCAAUGGGACAGCCGAUGAUGGGACCCCCAGCAUACUACGAGCAACACAAGCCACCCCGAGCCACGCACGACAUGAGCGUCACCUUGAAGGCACCCAAUCCGGAAAAGGGCAAGAGAUAUCUGGCGUCAUUAGACCAGGCAUUAUGCGAUGGAAGAUGGUCGGAGGCACCGGAACUGGCGCGGAAGACAGAUAAGCAUGCACCGGAGAGAUCAUGCUUCACCCUGGUAGCGCGAACAGAGGCGCAGAUAGCUUCCGCCUCGCAUCGGCCAACAUCUGCUUCAUCUACAGGCACUGCGAGUCUACAUAGUCUUGGCGAGGCGAUACCGAGGCUUGAGCAGGCUAUUACUGGUCCUAAGACCACACCCGACGAGGCAUACUGCGCCAGUGCAUGUAUAGCGGAGAUACAUUGGUUGCAGGAGGAUGCUACUGCUGCGUUGAAAGCACUGCCUCGUGAUGUUCAAUCGUCAAAUACGAGCGGUGGCAGGAGUACACCACUGGGUUGGCUGGAAGUAUGCGAGGCCAAGGCUGCGUAUAUCAGAGCCGCUGCGCUCGAGACAACAGGACACGCGGAGGAGGCGCAAAGCGUAUAUCGAGCGGCAGGAGCUCAGGCUCCAGGCACACGUACACAGGAGCUUCGAAGAUGGACCGAACGACUUAUUGCACGAGGAUGUAUGUACAGCUACAGGGCGGCUAGCCAGCCUUCCCCGGCGGCAUUGAACGAGUCCCUGGUAUCAUUUCGAUCAUGGGCGAGCUUCUGGCAAAGAGCGCCUGCGCCCGUGUCAGGUAGCGGUGGCACUCCCUCAAGAGUAGACAUCCCGAGACGCGGUGUAUGGAAAGCAUACUACGACAUUCUGUCUACCAUCCUCCGACACGGUAUUAUUUACAAUACUGCUGCUAGCUCGGGACAGGCAUUACUACUUGCUUCCAGCAACGGAAUGACUGAUGAGCGGCUGGUCGAGGCUAGAAAACGGCAGCGAGCGGAGCUGAAGCAGGUGGAAGUAGAGUACGAGACCCAGCUUCUCAACCAUACACAAUUUCCCAAAGCAAGCGAGUCGAACAUCGAAGUGGAGAGCUGGGCUGAGGAGGCGAUGGUAAACUGGAGAUUACUAUGCGGCGCAGAUUGGUCUGACGAGGAGCUCGGCGAGGGUGGUAAGGUUGCAUUGGGACGUGGUAUGCUCGAUAUACUUUACCGCGCUGCGACAAAGACCUUCCACUCGACUGCCAUUCUGCGCCAGCUGUUCACGGUCCACGCUGCACUCGGCGAGUAUGAUUUAGCCAUGCAUGCUUUCAACAGCUAUGUCGAAAUAAUCGGCAAAGCCAAAGCACGAGCAGAGAAGACAGCAGAGCACGAGCUGGGUUUUGACGACGAUGACGCAGCCGUCUUAACUGCUGUCGAAGCUGUGCGUGUGCUGUGCAAGUACGGUGACCGCGAACAAGCGGAGAAGGCACUGGAGGUUGGUACGCAGAUACAAAAGUGGUUGGGCGAGCAAGCGCCACAGGUGGCAAACGAGAUCGAAGCUAGCAACGAUACCCGACCUGCUGGGAUCGAUUCGCCAAGUCGAUCCACUGUCACAGAACUCCAGCCGUACACGAUAGCAGCUGCAUAUAAAGCUAUUGGCAUCAGCAAAGCGGAAUGGUCGAGGACAACGUACGACUCGGAUGCACGACUUGCAUUACAGACACACGCUAUCGAGACACUGAAGCAAUCACUUGCACAGAACUCUAGCGACCUGGAAACAAUCUUCGCGUUAGGCCGGCUGCUCGCCGAAGCGCAUGAUGUAUCCUCAGCGAUCGCACUACUGAAAGGUGCCCUCGCAGCAUCCAGAGCUUCUAUCGAGGACGACGGUGACUACAGCAAACAAAGACAGCUCGUACCGCUGUGGCAUCUCUUCGCGUUAUGCUUGACGGCUACCGAUGAAUACGAUGGUGCAAUCAAGAUGUGCGACGCCGCUUUUGAGCAGUUCGGCGAGCCUCAAAACUUGUAUGGGCAGAGUUUGGCGAGCGUAGGUUCUGCGACUAGACCUCGUGUUCAGCGAGGUGUUGUGGAUCACAUGGAUGGUUUCGAAAAGGAGGCGCUUCUACAGCUCAAGAUGAGCCAACUUGCGCUUCUAGAGCUUACGGAAGGGCCGGAGCAGACUGUGGACUCUAGCAAUGAGCUCUUACGGCUGUAUGCAAGGCUCUUUGGCAGUAUUGAGGACUUGAAAGUGCCUGCUAAGCGGCCUGCCACGGCUGCCACGAUGGUACCACCGCCUUCGAAAGCCGGCGGUGGCACACUUCGCAGUAUAGCGGGCAGUAUACGACCGCGAUCAAAUCGCAAUAGUGCCGAGAAGGAAGGCCAGAAAGUUGUUUCCGGCAGCACAGUGAACAUAGCCAAUACAAGUACUGCUAGAUCGCCAGCGUCUAAUGGUCAUACUACAGGAGCGCCUAUCGCCAUCACCGUGACUAACGAGGACGGCGAAGCAGCGGGAAAGGAGAAGUCUGGCCAUCAUCAUCACGACCAUCACGUGCAUCUGCCAUUCAAAGUACGCGGACACAACGGCGAAUUCAGUAAAACUGGCAGCCUGCGCUCGAAGAAGAGCACAAAGGGUUUGAAUGAGAAGAACGGCGCAGCAUACGAACAGUCACCUGCGGUACCGCCCAAAGGCUCUGCUGUGACUGACCAUGCACAAACGAACACCAUGACAUCUGGUCCACAGCAACCGCUCAAGGAGAUUCCUCACGAUCGAUCUCCUAAUGAUUGGCCAGAACCGGUUGUACACGACCAGAGCCCUCCAGAGCAAGAUGUGCGAAUACCAGCACCACCACCCACAUCCCACGGCAGAACGGCAUUACCGCAUGCCAACCUGCUGCAAGAGCGACAACAUAAGACUAGCGUGCUGGUCAAUGUCUGGUUGUUCGUAGCCGGCCUGUACGUACGAGCCGGCUUCUACGAUGACGCUGCCGGUGCUGUGGAGGAGUCGGUCAGACUUGUCGAAGCUUUUGAGGCGGAGAAGGAAGCUCAGCAGGUUAGUGCUCUGGCGUUGUACCAGAAGGGAUGGGGUGGUGGGAAGAGCGUUGACGAGUUGUGGGGGAAUGUAUUGGCUGCUAAAGGCGACCUGGCAUCUGCCCGCGAACUGCCCUUCGAAGCGAUGGAGUACUACGAACACGCGCUCAGCUACUUUCCGGAUCAUGCAGACGGCAUCAUCGGGCUUUCGAACCUGCUUAUGGAUAUCUAUGAGCAGAAAAUGCCUGCUGAACCACCUCAACCACCGCUGUAUCAACCAACCUCCAGCUCCAACUCCCUCCUCCCCAAUCCCACGGCCCAGCAUAAUAUCCCGACCACCCAGUCCUCAGCAACAGCAGGUUCUCACCUCGCCUCUCCCGGCCGCAGCGCACCUCCUCCUCGCAACAGCAGUAGUAAAAAGGACCCCUCCCCCGCUGAGCUCAAUCGGCUGGCUGCGAGGGAUCGAGCAUACAUGCUCCUCUCUUCCCUCACGAAGUUGGGAACCGGAUGGAAUUUGCCUGAGGCGUGGCUCGUGCUUGCGAGGGCUUACGAGUUGAGUGGGCAGCUUGGGAAGGCGAAGGAGGCGCUUUGGUGGGUUGUGGAGUUGGAGGAGGGGAGAGGGAUCAGGGGGUUUGAGGGGGUUCUGGGGGGUGGUGGGUAUGUUUUGUGA